CUAUUACCGGCAAGUCGGCAACAAUGGAUUAAAAAAAAUAAACAAAAAUAAUACGGAGUAAAUGAAAAGAAUAGAACACAGAAAAAUGUGAAAAUUGCCCAAGUACCAAAAAUCUAUCUACCUUUUCCUGAAAAAUUUCGCAUCCCAAUCAAAUAUCAUCACUCCCUUUCCAAAUCUCGAAAUUUCCCUUUUGUUUCUCUCUCCUCCUUCAUAGGUCAGCCAAAGAGGGCGAAAUUGAACAUUCAAAGUUAAAUUCAAGCACAAAAAUCCACCCCCUUCAAGAAAAACCUCUCAACUGCUCCUCCAUCAAAAACCCACAUCAAAAAUGGCGUUAGAAUUAUGGGAAACUCUGAAAGAAUCAAUCACAGCAUACACAGGAUUAUCCCCUGCAACUUUCUUCACUGUAAUUGCAGUAAGUUUGGCUUUCUACCACAUGAUUUCUGGGUUGUUUGGAUCAUCAACUCCUCAGCAUCAACGUCAUAGGUCUAUGGAAGAAGAAAUGGAGCCGUUGCCUCCUCCUGUUCAACUUGGUGAGAUUAAUGAAGAUGAAUUGAAGCAGUAUGAUGGUACUGAUCCUAAGAAGCCUUUGCUUAUGGCUAUUAAGGGUCAGAUCUAUGAUGUUUCUCAGAGCAGGAUGUUCUAUGGUCCUGGUGGGCCCUAUGCAUUGUUUGCUGGCAAGGACGCUAGCAGAGCUCUCGCCAAGAUGUCAUUUGAAGAAAGUGAUUUGACAGGGGAUAUUUCUGGCCUUGGUCCUUUCGAGCUAGAUGCAUUACAGGACUGGGAAUACAAGUUCAUGAGUAAAUAUGUGAAGGUCGGAACUAUUAAGACGAAGGAUGUUCCAGUAACUGACGGAUCCACUCCUAGUGAAACCACCGAAGCAACUGAAGCUCCAAGGCAGGCGGAAGACAUCCCAUCAGAGGAGCCUGCAGCUGAGACUGUGGAGACAUCAGCUACCGAUGCUGAGAAAAAGGAUGAGUAGUGUACUUUGUUAGCUGUAUACCGAGUUUUGGAAAACAAGUUUUUAAGUAGCAUGAAGUGAGGUGGGGAAAGAGUAGGUUUGGUGUUAAAAUUGUGUGGAAUGUUGUGAUAACUGAAUCCUUUGCACAAGAACUUAUUUUGGAGUAUUUGAAAUACUAUUGUAAAUAAUCAUGCUUGUAUGUGGAUUCCAUUGAAUAAGUUUGAUGGGAAUACAGCUGAAAUUAUUGCCA